CGUCCUCUUCAGCAGACGGCUUAGAUGAAGAGGGAACCAGCACAGAGCGAAGAUCAGAACCAGGCAGAACACGGCUUUGGCCACUUCUCUGCGCUGCAACACGAACAGAACAGAACCUCACUCAGGUGUCCUCCGUCCAGCAUCUCACAGGUCAUCAGGCCGUAGAACACGGCAGAACAGAGCAGGGGAACGCAGAAGUAGAACCCAAACAGCCACCAGUCCUUCGCAUCACGGUCCUGAGAGCUAAAAGACAUUAAAAUGUUCAGUGGAUGUAAACAGCAGUUAUUCUUUGAAUGGAACCAGCCCUGCAGCAGCUCAGUGUGGGAACGCGGCCGAACGUCGUUGCCAUGGAGACGCCGUAACUCUGCCGUCCGUCAGCGUUAAACUUUAAAUUAAAUCUGCAGUUUGUUUCCCUUGGUUUGCGUGAUUUCAGCUUUAACCUGGACACGGAGUCUGUAAGGAUACACAGGAUGGAGCAGCAGAGGAAGUUUCUCCAAACUGAAUCUUUACCAGAUAAUUCAGCUCAUCUCUCCAGGAAAGAAAUAGGCCUCUUCAGAAACAGUCCAAAGCAGAACAUCUGUGUGCAGCUGCUGCAGGACGGCGACCACAGGUCGUUUUCGGAGCUCUUCCAUCUGCUGGCUUGUGAUCGGCGUCGCAGGGAGGCUGAUCCAGCUGUGGGCCUUCAGACGCCCCCACUAGAGGAACAACUGGACAAGCUGGAGACCAUGAAGCUGCAUCUGAGCCGAGCGGAGCGGGCUGAACGGACCGGUCUGUGGUCUUCAGCCUAUGAGCAGCUCCUGCUGCUGGGUCGGUUCUUCUCGUCUCCUGAGGACGUCUGGCUGAGUCUGUACUUCUACCGGCGCUGUUCAGAUGGAGAACGAGGCUUCAGACCGGCUGUGGAGGCUCAGGUCUGCCUGGCUGAGUUCCACCUGGAGGAAGGUGAGGUGGAGCAGGCGAGGCAGCAGGCGGAGCUGAGCCUCCAGCAGGUGGAGGACGGCUGGUUGGACUCGGACGGUCGGUCCCUGAAGCUUCGGACCCUUCGGGUUCUGUGGAGGAUCUACAGCCGACUGGCCGACGCUCCUCUGGCUGCUGGAGAUCACAGAGAGGCUCUGAAGCUGCUGCAUGAAGGAUACAGGAUCGCCACCCAGACUGAAGACAAACAGAUAGAAGGAGAGGCAGCGUUUAAACUGGGGCUGACCUAUCAGAGCGCAGGAGAGCACGACGCUGCCAAACAGCUCUUCAGCUCUUGCAUGCAGAUUUAUGGAUCCCUGCAGGAUUCAGACGGGCUGACGAAGGUCUACAAGGCCAUGGCCAGGUCUCUACAGAGUGAAGGAAACAUCAAUGAAACCGUCCGAUGUCUGGAGAAGUUGGUCGAUAUUUCUCGCAGCGACGGACUGCAGCACAAUCUGGCCGAGAGCUUCCUGAGACUGGGAGACGUCUACUACAGCAGGUGUGAGUAUCAGAGAGCUGCUGAGAACUUUCUGCAGGCUUGUGAAGUUUACUGUAACGUUGGAGAUGAAGCUCAGCGGCAGAAAGCUCAGGGGAAGGUGGGCAUGGCUCGCGCUCACUGCCUCAUCAGAAAACACAUCGUCCACCUUCAGACCGCUGCUACAACAUCAGAACACCAGAACCUGAACUGUGAAUCUGCAGACAGAACCUGACUGAAACUGUAAAAAACUAGAGUUAACUGACAUUUAUUUGAUAUUAUUUCAGUCAAAUUAGUCAAAGCAGACGUGUAAACCUGGAUUUGUUCUUUUUAAUGGAUCUGUUCUAAGCUGAGUUUACCUUCACACAAGAUCUUCUGACAUAUUAACUGUUCAUUAAACAUAAUCUGCUCUGACUCUAUGCUAAAAAACAA